AUGAGUCGUUCUGCGCAGAACUCGGAGACGAUUAUCUUCCUGACGGCAGCGCCUCGCGAUGAAGAAGAGCCACCAGUCACCGAGAGCAGGCGACCCAAUAGCAGGAAUCAGAUGUCGCGCAAGACCGUCUACAAGAUCGUGCAGCAGACGCCGCCCCCCUCUCCGCCGUCGCCCGAAGAGGACGAAGAGCAGCGCGAAAUGAGCGUGAGCUUCUCCCUGGAAGAGACCAACGCGCCGAUGGGCAAGGCGCCGGGGCUCCCGAGCGGAUCGCAAGUUCUGCGCGUCCUCCCGCAGGGUGCUAGCAUUGUGCUUGAGCAGGUAAGCACUCCGCCGCCGCCGCGUCCACCGUCCUCGUCGAUGCCUCCGAGGCGCCAAUCCCUUCCGGCUUCGAUGCCGCCCAAGAGCCCCAAGCCCCAGUUUCGUCCGCCGUCUAGGUCCAAGUCGCGACCGCUCUCCCCUCCCAUCAUCAAAGUGGUCCAGGAUAAAACGCCCGAACCGUGCCUCGACUGCUUGGAGGAGUUUGUCCGCCGCAAGAGAGCCGAGAAGCAGCGACAGGGCACGGACGCUUCGUCGCAGGUGGAGGUGACGAUGAGCAACAAGCGCAUCUGCUCUCGUCGCUCGUCCAAGUCGGUGGCGACAACAUCGUCAGUGCAGAGCUACCGUUGUCCCAAGUGCAUGGCGUGCAAGUCCUGCGGAAGCAUAAACGUCACCGUACCGAUAGCCAGGAAGUAG